GUUGAAAAAGAAAUGUCCAAAAUGAGCUUGCCUUACUCUAUCAAGCAACUCCAAAACAAGUUUAACUUGUUGGCUCGCCAAUAUAGCACAUGGGACAAGUUAGUUCGCAAGAAGACUGGUAUAGGGUGGAAUCCAGAAACAAAUACUUUUGCGGCGGAUGCUGAAUGGUGGAGUCGAAAGGCAAUGGAAAAUAAAAAAAUUGCAAAAUUUAAAAAUGUUGGUCUUGAUAUGAACAUGUGGAACUUGUUGUGGUUGACAUUCCGUGGAAAUGCAGCUAAAGGACAACAUGCAUGUUCUGCAACUAAUAUUUUGGAGGAAGAAGUUGAUGCUUACAUACCAGAACAAGCAACACAUAACAUUCCCGAAGUGGGACUGCUUAGUGAGACUGAUUUCUUUGCUUAUUUAAAUAAUAUUAAGGAGACUGGAUUCCUCGAUGAGGUCUCAUGUGAGCCAGCUGGGAUGUCAUUAGAUGCGACUGACAGUAGUGGUAAGAGGAAGCACGUUGUUGGACCUGGAGAAAGUGCUACCAGUGGUUCUGUAGCUAAGAAGGGAAAGAUGAGUGGUAAAGGUAAAGGAAAGGAGAAAGUUGCUCAAUUGGAAUCGGAAUUACAAGGGCUUCAGAAAAUGUAUGAAAGAAGGAAUGCAUUGUUACAACAGCAUUUUGAGAGAGAACACGAGUUUGGUCUGUCUGAGGUGAUGAAUGUGUUUAGGACCUUACCGGGUGUGGUUGAGGGAGAUGAAUUUUGGUUCAAAACAUCAAUGGUUAUGAAAGAAAAAGGAAACCGAGAAAUGUUCAUGAUCCAAACUACACCCGAGAAUAAGCUCAAAUGUGUGCAAAUGCUUGUGAAUCACAUGUGCUAAUUACUUAGUAAUCUCUAAGUAUCACGUUAUCGAGGAUAUUAGUUAUUUGUAUUUCCCUUAUUAUUCUAGACAAUUUAUUUAUUGAUGAAGUUAGUACUUUUAUUUCAUUUCAUUAAUUUUCAAGUUUGUAAUGUAAGACAUGAGUUUGUUAUGGUACAUUGUUUUAAUUUGAAGUUAUUUUAUUGUUAACAUGAUAAUUUAUUUUUUCUUAUAGAUAUUCAACGUAUUGCUAUGGAAAAUACUCUGUUUGAAGCAUGUUUCUUGGUAGAUGAGGUGGAAGAUGAGCUAUGGAAUGGUAUGAUAAAGUCUAUGACUACUCAAGUUAGG